CACUACACAUUAUUGAAGGCCUUCGAGAAAAAUAUGACACGAUGCGUGAGCUGGCAGAUUGCCAAACUAUUUGGCUGCGCCCUAUACUAUUCGUGUAUAAAAGCCAACGUACUUGACUCAGAAAACACUAUCAAGUUUCAGCCAUGAAAUUCACUUCACUCCGGGUCACCUCUGUAAUGAUCGCUGUCACAGCAACGGCUGGCAUGGCUGUCGUAUCCAACGGCGAUGGGCCAGACAUACCCUGUUCUCCUUACACAGGUGAAUACUUUUGCAGCCUACAUGCAGACCAUAGAUCACAUGCUCAUGGCCAUCCACCUAUAAAGGGGGGUGCUCAGGGGGCAUCAAAAGUUACAACAAUGGCAACGCUUUCGGGUAUGUUUGCGGACCUAACGGACACGUAACGGCCUGGUAUCCAUGCUCAUGCCCAACUUGCUGUGGAGUAGUCACGGGCUAUGGGAUGCUCGACCCCGGAUGUAUCACAAAACCAGAGUCUGACAUGGAAC